CAAACUUUACAGGUAGUGGCACGGUUCGAAAUUAUUGCAUGCCACUACCGAAGAGCUAACCGCUCUUCUCCUACUCUCUUCGGUUACGCUUCUUCAAUCUCCGAUUCCCAUGGAAGCCCGCAAAUAAGCUCGGGUCCCAUCCAUCCCGAUCCCGGGCAUGGCGCUUUCCACCUAGGCCCCUCCCGUCCACGGUUAUCCCAAUUCCCAAGCCCGGGCCCUCCUCGUCCGCUUCUGUUUCCAUUGAAUCGGCCGCCUCCUCGCGCGAUCAGUACCGCUGCCGCUGAACUCAGUUCCGAUUGGCUGACGCGCGGGGGGAGGCAUGAACCCGGCGGGGCGCGUGUCGUUCACGCGCGCCGUCCUGCUCCUGGGCGUCGUUGCGCUCGGGCUCUGGCUCCUGAGCGUAGAGCUCGCCGUCGUCGGCGGCGGGGCCGACCCCGCCGUCCGGGCCGCGGUGGCCGGGAGGAGGACCCACGCGCAUGCGGCCGUCCGGUCGCCCGACGCGUGGCGCACCCGCGAGUGGCGGCGGGCGGUCGACCGCCACGCCGCCGUCCUCCGCAGGCACCUCGCGGACGGCAUGCUCGCCGCGUCCUCCGUCGCCGUCUGCCUCGGCGGCGCCCAGGAGGCGAUGGCGCUGCGGGAGCUGGGCGUGGUCGGCGCCGUCGCGGUCGCCGGGGAGCGGGCCCCGCCCCUCGCCGUCGCGGGGGACGACCGCCGUCUCCCGUUCCCGGACUCCUCCGUCGACUUCGUCUUCGCCGGGCGAGCCCUCGACUUCUCCAGACGCCAGGCCGACCUCGCUGGCGAGGCGGCGCGGAUCGUGAAGCCGGACGGGCACGGCCACCUCGUGGUCCUGACGUCCGGUGCCAGCGACGCCUACAGCCUCCGGUCCCUCCAGGCUCUCCUCCCAUCCCUCCGAUUGCUCCGCUCCCGCGUGAUCAACGGCGCGGAUGGCUCCACGCUCCGGGAACUGGUCUUCCGGAAGCAUGCAGGCAUCUCCACCACCAGCAGGUCUUCCCCCAACGGCAACAAUUCCGCGGGCAGCUGCACGAGUCGCGAUCACAAGCUCGAAAUCAUCGGCCUCGCCGAGCCGCUGAUCCAAGAAGAGCCGGCGAAGCCAUGGAUCACGCUGAAGAGGAACAUCAAGAACAUCAGGUACCUACCGGCGCUCGCCGACAUCGGCUUCAAGCGCCGGUACGUGUACGUAGACGUGGGCGCCCGGAGCUACGGCUCCAGCAUCGGCAGCUGGUUCCGGAAGCAGUACCCCAAGCAGAACCACACCUUCGAGGUGUUCGCCGUCGAGGCCGACCCGGCGUUCCACGCCGAUUACGCCAGGAGGAAGGGCGUCACCUUGCUUCCCUACGCCGCCUGGGUCCGGAACGAGACGCUCACGUUCGAGAUCAACGAUGGCCCCGGCAAUAAGGGCUACAAAGACGACGCCAGGAAGCCGAACGGCCGUGGCAUGGGCCGCAUCAGGCCCGGCGCGGGCGCGAUGAAGGGGGUGUCGUCCGGCGAGGUGCGGCGCAUCCCGGCGUUCGACCUCGCUGAGUGGCUGAAGCGGACGGUGUCGGAGCAGGACUACGUGGUGAUGAAGAUGGACGUAGAGGGCACUGAGUUCGACCUCAUCCCGAGGAUGAUCGAAACCGGGGCGAUCUGCCUCGUCGACGAGCUGUUCCUCGAGUGCCAUUACAACCGGUGGCAGAGAUGCUGCCCCGGCGAGAGGUCACCCAAGUACCGGAACACGUACGGCGAGUGCCUGCAGCUGUUCACCUCGCUCCGCAACAGCGGCGUGCUUGUGCAUCAAUGGUGGUGAGCUGGUGAUUAGUACAUAACUGAAGACAUCUGAACUGUCAACUUACAGAUAGGUUUCAAUCAUAGAUGGAGGAUUUUGGUCCGUGCUCCAAUUGGAUUUAGAACAGUGGAUUGGAUUUUUUUUUUGUAGUUAAAUGAUUGUUUCUUGUAGUUACAUGAGGAGAACAAUCUAUUGUAGUUGUAGAGUGACUUCCGAGCAAAGCUUGCUGGUAAGUGCCAUUAUUGUCCAUGAGCAAAUGAAUCGUUUUUACAGGCUGAUGUUCGCAGUUCAUUUUUUUAGCAUUAUUCAGGAAGUAGUAUUAGGCCUUGUUUAGUUCACCCCCAAAUCCCAACUUUGACAUUAUGUAAAAAGAAGAU